AUGUCUGAGAAUGAUUUAGUUAUGCAGUACUCUAUUGUCUAUUCAAAUAAUAAAUCAAUUAUAUCAUCCAAUUUCUCGAGCUUUUGAUAUUUGAUUCGUUACAAGUGAAUGUUUAUAUGCCAAUUGCCAAGUCAUAAUCAGGGUUUAAACUUAUUCUGGUUUGCAUUAUUCGUUCUAGACACAUCCACAUAUGGUCGUUGAGUAUUCUCUCCCUGCGUUUCAUCUUCUUCCUCAAGCUUUUUGCCUUCUUAGUUUCGGUGACCGGCGCGUGGUGGCUCCGUUAGCACCACCGCCGGUCAGAUGUUCUAUAUUUUCUCCUUCUUUGUGCUUUGUCGUUUUUCGUUUUCAUUUCAAGUGAGUUUAGAGUUGGUCUCCUUUGUGUCUCAAGCAUUUAAUGAGCUCUUGCCCGUCUCUUUUGGAUCUUUUGUUGAUUUCGCUGUAGCCAUGGGUCUAAUGGUUUAAUUGUGCAGCAGUGGCUGUGGUUGGUGUUGGCGGUUCAGACAGUUUCCUGUUUUAGAUCUGGGAUCUCAUUUGUUCUUGAGUCUGGUUUAUGGGUUAGUCGUUUGUAGCUCUGGUUUGCUAAGGGGUGGUUCAUGUCAGCUUGGUUCGUGUGUUAAGCUUGGUCUGUGGUAGUCUUAAAACAAGCAGUAGUAGUUCUGUUUUAAUCCUUUGUAAAAGUUGAAGUAGCAGAUUUGUUUCGUAUGGUAGUGUCUCAAUGAUCGUUUGCCGUUCGUGUCUAUUCCGUGAGUCUAUCGGGAGUGGUUCAUCGGUUAAAGUUUCGUGUUGGUUGAAAAUGUGUGUGGGCUUCUAUCUAGGAGUAAGUGGACGCUGAAUGCGUCGCUUCCGUAUCCGAAAGUUGUGUGGACCAGAGUAGAGUUCCCUCUUGUCGGAUUAUGAAGUCGUGCGGUUUUUGGUUCUAUGGACGUUAUCGUCUGGCGGGCGUGAGCAGCAGCAGCGAUAAGUCGGUACACUGGGUGUAGGAAGUGAAUAUUGUCGCAAGGCAGGCUAUGGGCAGCUGCGAAAAUUCCCGAUCAUUGGUUACUACUUGGAUUUAAAUUUGCUUUUUUAACUUGUAAGGUUGUUAAGUCUUAAGUUGGCAUGUUUGUUUGUUGCCGUAAGCUGCCCCGAAGUGGGUUGUAGUUGCCGUCUCGAUGUAGGCUCUUGGGUUUGGGGAUUGUUCUUUCAUCCCGUGGUUUAUGUAUCAAGUAGUGUCUGUUUCUUUGAAAACAAAUGGUACUUUUCAGGCGGAAAAAAAAAGACACAUCCACAUAUCUCUUGGACCGACCAAAGUUACUGAACCAAACCAUUCUAAAGACAAAACUAAAAUAAAAAACACUAUUAAUAUACGUUAAAAUCAAAAACCAAAACCAUUUGAAAACAAUCACAAAGAACACCAAAAAGAACAAAAGUAUGAGAAUACUUUUUCUCUUCUCUCUAUUCUUCUUCCUCUUCUUCCACUCAUCAUCCUCUUCAAGAACUUCAUCAGAAUCUCGCAUCUUCAUCUACGGUGGAUGUUCACCGGAAAAAUACACACCAAACACUCCUUUCGAAUCAAACCGAGACACUUUCCUCUCUUCCGUCGUUACUUCCUCCUCAGACGCCUCCUUCAACAGCUUCGCCGUCGGCAACGACUCUUCCUCCUCCUCUAGCGAUAUCUUCGGCCUUUAUCAAUGCCGUGACGAUCUCCGACCUUCUGACUGCUCAAAAUGUAUCCAAAACUCCGUUGAUCAAAUCACUCUCCUCUGUUCUUACUCUUACGGUGCUUCUCUCCAGCUCCAAGGCUGCUUCUUGCGUUACGAGACCUAUGAUUUUCUCGGGAAACAAGACACGAGUCUUAGGUACAAGAAGUGUAGUUCCAAGAGCGUUGAGAACGAUUAUGAUUUCUUUAAACGGAGAGACGAUGUGUUGUCGGAUCUUGAGUCGACUCAACUAGGUUACAAAGUUAGCCGGUCCGGUUUAGUAGAAGGUUAUGCUCAGUGUGUUGGUGACUUGAGUCCUAGUGACUGUACGGCUUGUCUUGGAGAAGCUGUUGGGAAGUUAAAGAAUCUUUGUGGCUCGGCGGUUGCAGCUGAGGUUUACUUGGCUCAGUGCUAUGCUCGUUAUUGGGGUUCGGGUUACUACGACUUCUCUCCAGACCCAACGAACGGAGACCACGUGGGGAAAUCAAUUGCGAUCAUCGUAGGAGUCAUUGCUGGAUUCGCAAUUCUUGUUAUUCUCCUCUCCCUUUGCAGAAACUCCAUGCAUUGACACAAGGAAGACAUGAUUCGGGAUGAAAGAUUCUAAAGAGACCUGUUUUUUUUUUUUUUUGUUAGAAUUAUCUUAUGUUGUAGGAACAUAUCCGUUACCUUAAUGAUUAUUUUUGGUUUAACAAAAGGAAAAAAAGAAACUUGAACUGACCUAUAAAAUA